AUGUGUUAUAGGCGCCUAUUCACAAAUAACUUUGUACCUGGGUCAUUCGCUGCGGGAUUCGGCGUAAUUAAUGAAAUGGCUCUAGAAAAGAUGGAACACGAUUUUGCCGCCACUGUGGAUGAGCAGAUACCUGCUUUCAAAUGUCUUGCAAAGUGCGGCAAGAUUGAUGAGGCUUUAGAAAAGUGUUACGCAUUGGAAAAACAAACGAGGACGGCUUCUGAUGCUAUUUCUACUGGUCGUCUUCUUGUUUUCAUUGUGGAAAUGCUUGGUGAUAAUAAACAAUGGCAAAAGUUGAACGAGCAUUUAGUAAUUAUGUCGAAGAAAAGAAAUCAAUUGAAGCAAGCUGUUGCAAAAAUGGUCCAGGCAGCGAUGGAUUAUGUUGAAAGCAUAGCAGAUGAACAGGUGAAACUGAACCUUAUCUCCACCCUAAGAACAGUAACAGAAGGAAAGAUUUAUGUCGAAGUUGAGCGGGCCCGUUUGACACGAAUGCUGGCUCAUAUUAAGGAAUUUAAUGGUCUCAUAGAUGAGGCUGCCGAUGUGCUUCAGGAAGUCAAGGUGGAAACGUUUGGUUCUAUGGAUAAACGCGAAAAAGUUGAAUUUAUAUUGGAGCAAAUGCGACUUUGCUUAGCUAAAAAGGAUUAUUCUCGCACACAAAUUUUAAGCCGUAAGGUCUCACCAAAAUUCUUUCAAGAGGAGGGGACUGAAGAUCUAAAGCUCAAAUUUUACAAACAAAUGAUCGAAGUCGACAUUCAGCACGAUGCCUACCUGUCGAUAAGCAAACAUUUUUGGGAAAUCUAUAAUACGAAGUUGAUACAAGAAGACCCUGAUGAGAAAAGAAGCGCUCUUUGUAAUAUCGUCGUCUACCUUAUACUUUCCCCAUACGAUAGUGAGCAGAACGACUUGAUGCACCGUCGGAUGAAACUUCGUGACCUUGAGGCUCUUCCUGAGUAUCUGGAUAUGCUUAAGGCAUUCACCACACAGGAGCUUCUUAAUUGGCAGAACUUCCGUGAGAGUCACGAAAAAACUCUACGAUGUGAGACACUGGCCUUCUGCAGUUCUACUGAUUAUCAAAGACCGGAAAAAUCCUUCAAAUCUCUACAGGAGCGUGUCACUGAACACAACAUUCGGGUGAUAUCCGCAUAUUACACCCAGAUACGUCUCGCUCGUUUGGCUGAGCUCUUGCAUUUGGAUGUUGAGGAAGCCGAAGAGUGCUUGUGCAAGCUGGUGGUGAACAAGACUGUUCAGGCUAAGAUAGAUAGGCUCGACACCGUUGUGCGCUUCACUGAAAGCAAGUUGGCAACUGAUGUGCUCAACGAUUGGUCUCACAACGCUACCUCUCUUAUGUCCCUCAUUAAUGAGGCCACCCAUCUCAUUAACAAGGAGCGGAUGGUUCACUCUGUGUAA